AUGGCGGGCAACUGUUCACCAGCAGCAGUUGAUGACCUGAUGGUGCAUCUGGAGUUGAUCAUCUACAUUCCCAUCUUUCUGGUGGGCCUGGUUCUGAACGCCGCUGCUCUCAUGGUGUUUUGUGUCGUCCUGCCCAAAUGGACCGAGUCCACCAUCUACAUGACCAGCCUGGCUCUCAUGGACUUCCUGCUCCUCUUCCCGCUUCCCUUCAAGAUGCACGCCAGCAGUUACCAGUGGAACAUCCAGCUCCUGCCUCUCUGCUCGCUCCUGGAAAUCUUCUACUUUGUCGGCAUGUACGGCAGCAUCUACACCAUCAUGGUCAUAUCUCUGGACCGCUGGGUCGGCAUCUGUCACCCGUUCAGAGCCAAACAGCUGCGCUCCCCGGCAGCGGCCAUUUUGACCUGUGCUGUGGUUUGGAUCGUGGUGUUUUCAGUCAUCUCUCUGAACACCAAAAGCUUGAGGGGAAGCGAGCAGGGCGACUUCCGCUGUUUUCACGGCUUUUCAGAGAAGUUCUGGAGCCCCGGCAUGAUCGUCCCGCUGCUGGUGUUUGGGUUCCUGGUGCCUGGUCUGGUGGUGGUCUUCUGCUCCGUUCAGAGCAUCGGGACCUUGAAGAGGUCUGGCCAGCACAGCAGCUGUGUGAAGUUCAUCUACAGCAGUCUGGGCGCCUUCCUGGGGCCCUUCACCCCCUGCAACCUGGGCAUCUUGCUGCAGUUCCUGGUCCACCAGGGUGUGAUAGACGACUGCGCCGCAAAAACCCGCAUCAGUCUUUUCCUUCAAGUGUCCAUCUGUCUGUCCAACGUCACCUGCUGCCUGGACGCUCUCUGCUACUACUUCAUCACCAACGAGGCCAGAAGCUCCAAAACCUUCCUCACAAGAUCACUGUUCACCCAGCGCAGAGCACCUCAGAAGUGUGAAACCAGCUCCAGCAAACCAAACAGGAAGGCACCUGUAAGCCACGUGUCAGCCGAACUGACAGCCGUGAUAUGACUCACCCAACUCAGAGGGCAUCUGACAAAGCCACCACCCCGACAAAGCUGCACAUUGCCAGCCAAGUCUGAGCUCGAGUCAGCAGCAGGUCGGUGAGAAAAAUCAGACAAAUAAAGUUUGAAUGUUUAUUCUGAGAGCAGCAGAGUAUCAUAAGAAUCGACUGUACAGACACAAAUGUCAUCUCAUUCGAUGAACUGUGAACAAAUCUCAUGUGCAAAAAAGACAGACUCUGUUUCAUGUGAGUGGGGAGCAGCUAGCGACAGAGAAAUACGUUGUUAGGAAGGAAGAGCGCGAGGCGGUGAGCUUUAGCCGUCAUGUAUCUAAUGUACAAAGCGUUGGAGCUCUGCUGUCCUUCCAAGGAGCAGAGUUCCUGCUGUUCCCCUGAAGCUACGGAGUACAGUCUAAAGCCGUUGAUGUCGGAGACGUGGUUCACAAAACAAGUCAGAUAAAAUCAAAUAAAUAACUAUAUUGCUUCUGAACAAUCAGAACUAUUUACAUUCCUUUCAUCUACAUGAGGUAUAUUUUGCUAACAGAAGAAAUAACAAAUAUUCAAGUGUGCAAAGUGAAUCAACAACAUUUAAAAUCACAACGAAACAGGAGGACGACAUCCUACUCCGAGUGUGAACGAUACAAGUCCAAACCGAACAAAACAGUUGGGUUAACAGUAAUAAAGUGCAUUUUUA